AAUUACAGAAUGGACAUCUGGAUUCUGGCAAUCAGAAUUAUUUUAUUAUUACAAACUACGAUUGGAAUUCUGGGAAAUUUUUCCCUUAUGUUCUACUAUCUAGUCCUUUGCUCCAGAGAAUGUAUACUCAAGCCCACAGAUUUGAUUCUGAUGAAUUUAAUGGCAACCAAUGCCUUGAUCAUUCUCUCUGCAGGAGUGCCUCAAACAAUGGCAGCUUUUGGGUGGAAGGAGAUCUUGAAUGGUUUGGGAUGCAGGCUCCUAUUAUACAUUCAAGGGUUUGGGCGGAGUGUGUCCAUUGGCAUCACCUGCCUCUUGAGUAUCUUCCAGGCCAUGACCAUCAGUAACAAGAUAUCCAGCUGUAAGGAACAGAAAGUAAAAUCCACAAAGUACAUCGUCUGCUCCAUUUCCCUCCUCUGUGUCUUCUACAUGUUGAUAAAUUCUAUCUUCUUCCUGUACACGUUUUUCAAACGUAAGAGCAAAAACGUGACAACAAAACGGGAUUUUGGAUACUGCUCAAUUGUAGGGAGUGAUGAAGUCACUGACGCACUCUACACAGUAUUGGUGGUGUGCCCUGAAGUCUUCUUUUCUUUCCUCAUGGCCUGGUCCAGUGGCUCCACGAUUGUCAUUCUGUACAGACACAAGCAGAGGGUUCAACACAUCCACAGCAUUCAUGGUCCCAGCAGAACCUCCCCUGAGACCAGAGCCACCCAGAACAUCCUGGUCCUGCUAUCUGCCUUUCUGGCUUUUUAUACUGUCUCCUCAAUCUUACGAGGCUGCAUUUCCUUUCUGCAUAAUCAUAACUGGUGGCUGGUGAACAUCAAUUCCCUCACUUCUCUGUGUUUUCCAUCUUUCGGACCCUUUGUUCUUAUUAACAAUUACUCCAUCAUGUCCACAAUCACUUUGAUCUGGAUCAGGAGUAAAAAUAAGUUCAUGUUAUUUUCAGUACACAGAUGA